CCUGUCCUCCCGGUUCUGCUAGUAACCACCUCCAUAUGGCAGGCCGGGAUGUGGACCUUGGUGACCACACUGCUAUUAAGUUCUCUAUGCUGCGGUUCAGCUCAGAUAUUAUUUAAAAAUAUUAAAUCUGCGACAGUCACAGAUUGUGAAAAGGAUGUUGUCAUUCCAUGCCAUGCUACAAAUAUGGAGCCAGAAAGCCUUGAAGAAUUGUACUUGGUAUGGUUCUUUGGAAAAACACGUAUUUUUUCCUUUGAUGGAAGUAAAAACACAUACUCUAAAAUUCCUGCAUUUCAAAGUGGACGGAUUUCUACCUCAGCCUUCUUAAAAGGAGACGCUUCUUUGACGCUGAAUAAGAAUGAGGCGAAAGCAGGGAACUACACCUGUGAAGUCACAGAAUUAAGCAGAGAGGGAAAACAGAUGGUGGAACUAAAAUACAGCUGCAGCAAAACACAAAUAUUAUUUGAAAAUAUUACAUCUGUGACGAUCACAGAUUGUAUAAAGAAUGUUAUCAUUCCAUGUACUGUUUCCAAUAUAAAUGCAAAAGACAUCAAGGAGUUGUCCGUAAGGUGGAUCUUUGGAAAAACUCUUAUUUUAACCUUUGAAGGGCAUUCAAACACAUACUCUAAAAUUCCUACGUUUAAAAGCGCACAGAUUUCCACCUCCGCCUUUUUAAAAGGAGAUGCAUCUUUAACGCUGGAUACGAAUGAGGCAAAAGCAGGAAACUACACCUGUGAAGUUAAGGAACUAAGCAGAGAAGGCAGACAUACCGUGGAACUGAAGUACCACUGCACAAAGCUAUUAUUUAAAAAUAUUAAAUCUUUGAUGAUCAGAAACUGUGAAAAGGUUGUUAUCAUUCCAUGCUACAUUUCCAGUAUAAAGGCAGAGGACAUCAAAGAGUUAUCCUUGAAGUGGAGCUUUGAAAAAACACGUAUUUUAACCUUUGGAGGACAUUCAAACACAUACACUAAAAUUCCUACAUUUAAAAGUGCACGGAUUUCCAUCCCAGGCCUUCUAAAGGGAAACGCUUCUUUGACGUUGGAUAGGAAUGAAGCAAAAGUAGGAAGCUACACAUGUGAAGUCAAGCAGCUAAACAGAGAAGGUAGACACACCGUGAAACUAAAACAGCACCGUGGGUCUUCAUGGUUCCCUUUAAGAGAAUAUAUUCUCAUUAUUAUUUUCCCAUUUCUGACUUCCCUUCUCUUCUGGGCACAGUUUGCUAUUUUAAUGCAAAAAUAUGAAUCCAACAUUAGUAAAAGGAAAAUAAUUGUGUUAUCUACUUCUGGAUUAUUGUUCACCUUGGUUGUCAUUUUUGGAGCCUCUCAUUUUAUCCCAGGUGAUUUUUCAGAAAAGAAAAGCAAUGGACUUAUUUUCUUGGUUAUUCCUUCAGUGAUACCUGUAUUCCUUCAGUACCAUAAGUUUAUGCCAGCCAUUGGGAGGACCCUUCAUGCCAUGAUCAUAUUAACAGUCAUCCAAGCAUUGGGUUCUGCACUUGCUGUGGUAGGACUAUAUUUUUCUGUAAAUGAGUGUGCACCAAAAUAUGGCUUCCUUGUAGUCUCAGGUUUGUUCAUAGUAACUCUGGUAGAAUUACUUGGAUUAAUUUACAUGAAAUGGCUAGACCCACAAAUAGGUUUGAAUGAGACAUGAAGGCAUGGCACUGGCAGUGUUCUUUCUUCCUCAUUUUCACAUUGUCUCAGGACUCUCAAGAUUUUGUUCGGGUGUAUAAGCCUUAGAGGAAGGAUAAAGUCAGAAAAUAGAGAAUACAGAAGAAGAAUAAAGAAAACCUCUGAAGGAAACCAUCAAGAAGAACAUAGAUCACAAGAUGGGUUAAGGUGGUCAUUAUUAACUCAGGAUCUCCAAAUUUCUACCUUUAGGAACCCUAAAUUCAACAAUUCUAGUUCAAACCAAGAUGUAAGAUGUUUGCACUCUUCCAAGUGCCUUUGGGUCACCUGAUGUUUUUCUCAUCACUGGAAUCACCUUAUUAUUCUCCGAAGACACUGUUUUCUCCAAGCCAGUGUGGACUUUGGAGCUCCUUCAAGUUCCAACUAGGAUGCUGGACAAAGGCUAGUUUGCAGCCUUAAUUAUUGCUUUGUAAAAGGUCUAAUUCCUUGAUUGUAACAGAAAGCAAUACAAACUUUAAAAUCUGCAA